AUGAAGCUCAUCUCUAGAAGUGGGCCAUCGGUGCUCGACUCUGCGCCGCGCGUUGACGCAUUGCAGGUGCGCCGUGGCCAAUCGGCGCGCGCCGUCCGCCGCUCCAUGUCGCCGCGCCCGCCCGAUAUAAAACCGACUAUCCUUUGCGGAUUUAAUCUAAUCCCGUGUCGUACGUCCCGAGACAUGGACUUGAACGUCCGAGACUUUCGCGCCUAA